GUAUGAUGAUGAUAUUGACCGGUUACUUUUAGGGAACAGGGAUUGACAGCCUGACUGAUGAGCUAACAACAUCGAUAAGAAAUAAACAAGACAUGUUUGAUAGUGAUCAUGAACCCAUAACGACUUUUAACUGUCGUCCAUUGUAGUGAAACUGACUAGAUAGUCGAAAAUAAUUACUAUUACGUUGACGAAAGAGAAACUUGCUUUGACACUGACCAUUGAACAAAGACAGAUACUGAAGAUGAAGAAGAAGAUAUAUUACUUUACCGGCAACAAAAACAACGAGCACUGACAACAGAAUAACACAAAAUCAAACUUGACAAAUGAGUGACCAGAGAAUGGAAAUAACGAGGGAAGAUAAUGAGUACCUAAUGAUGUUGACGUAAAGUGAUUACGCAACGGACGUUCUUAACAGUAACAUUAACAGUAAGACAAAAUAAAUUAGUAAACUACGCUAAAACUACGCCGAAACUAUGCUUUCCCUAAGCCUAAACUUCGACAUGUUGACGACGUUAUAUAUGAUGAAGGAUGGAAAGAUUAUGACAGCUCCUUCUGGAAAGGCAAUUUGACUGUUUAGCCAAUCAACUUAGCGACAAUCAUGGCAGCAGCAGAAGUGAAUGUAAACUUACUUUUUGACUUGACCAUAGAAAUAUUAGAGCUAGAGUUAACGUGACUGACAAUCUAGAUUUCGUUUGUUACUGAAAAGAAUUCGUUUGUCUUUAGAUAAAAUAAUAAUUAUAAUAUAAGGAAAGUAUCUGACUGACAACGACCCUCGAGUAUUGGCCUAGACCGUAAUGAAAAAGAAAUGGUAUUGCAACACUUUCUCAGAGGGGUUUUUUGUAAAACAAAAAUGGGAACCAUCGAUUCAGUAAUUAAAGCCAUUAAACUUUGACUUCCCUUUUAAAAUAUCUUUCUCUAAUUGACUGUUGUUGGGAUAUAAACGUGAAUUUUCUUAGCAAUUGUGUGACUGCUUUUUGGCACUUGUCCUGUUCUGUGCUACGCGGAGUGCUUCCUAUCUGAGAACUCGUCGAGUGCUUCUUAGAAAGAUUCCUCACAAUGACCUGCUGCCUACUAGCAACUAUUUGUCUCAUAAAUCCAAUAUGACUAUUUUUUAUCCAAUCUGACUUUUUAUAUCUCUGACCCAAGGUUCAUUGUACCAACAGCCAACCAUUUGCAUAUCCUUAAAAGGAUUCGUCUGUAUGUAAAAUACAGGGGUUCAUUUUGGAGGGCGUUCUAAAAUGUUCGAUUAGACUCCUUGAUAAGGCAAAUAAUGUUGCUUUUGACUCAAUGCUAUAUGUUUACAGUAUCUUAUACAUGCAAUUCUGUUUUAUGAUCUUACCAAUGUUAGAUGCAACUAGGAUUGAUAGCCGAUAUUAGAAAAAUUCGAUAUCUUGAACAGAUGUCCUAAAUUGUCAAUGUUACGUUUGUUGCUUUAGUGGUUAUGAAAUUAUGGGAUACUUUUAACUGCAAUUGACACAUCAUGUCUCCUUUCCUUCUCCCGUUAAUUUGAUGCAAAGCUUCGCCAAUGGCGCUUGUAAUCUGCUCGUAACUGAUUUAUUAUUGCUUUGGAUAAACAACCUCGUUCUUAUGUAUUCACGGCGGUCACGUGACAGGAGCUGUAAAAAUGGCCUUGUAUGAGUUCUUCAAUAAUCCCAGCACCAAUAUUACUUCGACUAGAACAACCAGUUUGUUAAAAGUUCGCUUGAGAAUUGAUAUCAAUUCUUUGCGAUAGUAAUCGAUCUGCGUAAAUACCAAUACCUAAGAUGCUAAGUGAGUUUCUGCUCACGGUUUUGCUUAUUAGUUUAAGAAUGGCAUUUUGCAUAAGACUGUUCAGUGGCAGAGAGUUAUGAAUAAUGCAACGUGCCGAGCCAUGUUUUUGCACCAGACAAGCUAUCGUCUGAAAAGAAACUCUUCCCAGCAUACAAAGUUUGUUUGAAUGACCUCAUUUCAGUCAAACAAAUUUCUUGGUUUCAAUAGCUUUAAAAUUUACGGCCAAUUGGAAGAAAUAAUCAAUUUUUAAUAAGGAAAUUCUUUCAAUUUGCAACUGGACUAAUUUGUUAGACGCUUGAUCAACAUACCCGUUUGCCAACGCUGUCCACCUGCUUCGCGUUUCCCAACCGCAGAGUGUGAGUUCGCUGGAAAAUUAUUAUGCAUUGAUUUUGCAGAUUAGAGUUUUGCAGAGAAAAGUUCAAAAACGCGCUUAGACGAGACCACAAUGUUUUGCCUUCAAUGAAAGCCGACCAAAACUUACAAUUCUUGUCUUGAUAAGAUCUUAGAAAACCGUGGUUGCGCAAACGAAAUUGACUCCCAAAAAUUGGUAAAGUCAUUCUCCGUAAUGCGAUAAUCUUUGUCGGUUUUGCGAAAUGACAUCAUACAAUUUGGGGAAUUUGAAGCUGAUCGAAGAGAGCUUACGGAUGGAAAUGAUCGAGAAAGAGCGUCGUAAGUCCCUUAAAUCAAAUGAAAAGAAACGAAAGAUCGAAACUGCAAGAUUGCUGGAGACUGCUUUGCAAGAUGCGCGGUUGAGGUUCAAAAGGGGUGAGUACGAGGACGCCCUCGUUUGGUUUUCAAAGGCCUUGGAAAUCCAGCCAAAUGAUAAAAUCUGUCUUGUAUCAAGAUCAAAAUGUUAUCUAAUGCUUGGUGAUCCACAAGCUGCCUUGAGUGAUGCAGAAGCUGCACUUGAAGAAGAUAAAGAAUUCAAUAAGGGCUUAUACCAAAAGGCUGAGGCUCUUUACUCAAUGGGUGAUUUUGAAUAUGCUUUGAUGUACUACCACAGAGGUCACAAACUAAGACCUGAGUUGGAUGAAUUCAGAUUAGGAAUUCAAAAGGCCCAAGAAGCAAUUGAUAAUUCUAUUGGAAACGCGGCAAAGGUGAAAUUGGAAAACAAAGGUGAUCUGUCAUUCUUCACAAAGCAGGAUGAUCUAGGUAAAAAAUCAAAAGGAUAUAGCAAGCCAGCUACAAAUAAAGCAAAGAUUGGAGCAAGCAGAAAUAAAGAAACUAAAGCUCCAGCCCCUUCAAACAAAACAGUAAAACAGCUUCUUGGUGAGCUGUAUGCUGAUAAGGAAUACUUGGAAAAAUUAAUGCAGGAUACAGACUUUAUAAAGAGCGAAUCAAACAAGAAAAUACACGAACUUGUUGAAGAUGGUCUUACAUAUUUGAACAAGCGAACAGACUUUUGGCGACAGCAAAAACCGCUCUAUGCAAGGAAAAAAGAUAAGAUGUCAAGUCAGAAGAAAAAUGUUCUAACCAAAGAUCAGGUUUCAACGAAGAAAAUGGCAAAAUUUAUGAAAAAGCUAGAAGAAAUUGACGCAGCGUUAUCAGAUGGACAUGCUGAUAAGAGUCUAAAACUGGCAAAAAGUACGCUGAAAGAAGUUGAAGAGACAAGCUCGAUGACGCUGAACAAUCGUGAUGAGAUUAUCGCAAAUCUGCAUUCUUGCAUUGGCAACGCUCUCCUUGACCUUGAGAAACCGCAGAAAGCUUUGAAACACCACUUAGAGGACUUCAAUAUAUCUGAGAAAAACAAACACAAAGAUGGCGAAUCGCGUGCUCUUGAUAACAUUGGAAGGUCGUAUGCAAGAACCGGGAACUACGAAAAAGCUAUCGAAAAUUGGAAGAAGAAGCUUCCCCUUGUUAAAACGCCUCUUGAAAGUACCUGGCUACGCCAUGAGAUCGGUAGGUGCCAUUUUGAAAUGGGGGAGUACGAUGAAGCACGUGAUUAUGGUGAGCAAUCACUGGAGGCUGCGAAGGAGGCUGAAGAUGAAGUCUGGCAGCUGAACGCAUCUGUUCUCAUUGCACAAGCUGAUGUUAAGCUGAACGAUUUUGAAAAAGCGAAAGCGUCAUUUGGCAGAUCGAUGGACUUGGCUAAAUCUCUGGAUGACGAGGCGGCCCAAAAUGCCAUCGCAAAAGCAAUGGACGAUUUGGAAAGCCAAGUAGCCAACGGCGAGAGCGGUGAGGGGGAAGGCGAUCAGGCAGAAGAGAAACAAGAACAAGCUGAGCCAGAAACUCAAAAUGCAAGCUCUGAAAAGAAUGAUGAAGCAAUCGGUGAUAAAGAAACGAAGGAAACUGAUGAGCAAAGCAAAAUAAACGACGACCAAGAAGAACAAGGCCAAGCGGAACAAGAGCAUGGCCAAGCGGAACAAGAGCAAGGCCAAGUGGAACAAGAGCAAGGCCAAGUUGUGGCGCAAGAGGAAGAUGCAAAGCAGGAUUCGGAUGACAUGAAGCCGGAUGAAUCAUCAGCUGCUGAUAAAAACAGUGGGGACGAGAAAGAGUAAAUGAUUUAUCCAUUAAAUUUUAUACGAAAAACUGGAAACGAUUUGCGGGAUAUCGUUGUCUAGACAACGCUGUAAUUAUUAAUGCCUGUCCAAUGAUACCUAUAUUUAAUACAAAUGGCAUGUCUUAAUACGAAUGGUAUGUCUGUGCCUGUCUUAAACAACUGAAUUCGAUUUUCUCUUGCGCAAAUAGAAAUUAAACGAAUUCUGCGAUUAUAUAUUUGUGGCGCAUUGCGUUGGCACCAUACCUUCUCAUAGACCAGCUCAAAAUUAUCUAAUCUUGCUAGUGUAAAACCAAGACAAUUACAAUGGUUCUUAUCCCGAAAACAGAUUUUAAUCACUCAAAAUGGCUUUGUCUAGAAAACGUCGAUUUACAGACGUAAAAUUUUGGCUUAAAAGUAUUAAACUGUUAUUUUUCGGAAAACGGGUAAACAUUAGAAUGAUACUCAAACGCCAUCUUGGCUCCCCAACCUUAAAGAUUGAAGUACGCCUUUUUAUAACAGUUACCGGUAGUGCUUUUGCGUUUUUGUAUGAGAUGGCACUGGUCGUCGCCAAUUUAUCUUUUAAGUCUGAUAUUCAAGAUUAAAGAUUGAAGAUAGCACAACCACAUUUCCCUGUCAAAAAGAAUGCACCAAUAUUAGAAACAUUGGAGUACUCCAGUUUUUUAAAGCUUUGGCAAAAUACAGUUCUUAUUGCUUCCUAACAGUUUCUUAAUUCUAUUUCAUCAAUAUUAGCAUU